CCUCUCUGAGGGAUCACGUCUUUUCAUUUUAUUGACAUCUCCUGAGCUCAGAGUAACAGACCGUGCACCCGGGCGCCUGAGAAAUCUUAUCGACUGACCGAUGAAGGGAGUUUCGUGGAUAGCCGCGUGGACGUCCGGGACCGUGUUGAGGGCCCCGUGUGUGAAGGAGGUCAGGGCCACAGGUCACAGGCCACAGGAAACCCGAACGGAGGAUUGAUGUUCCGUUCCCAGGGCUGGGGGGUGGAGUCUGGUGGUUUUGAGACCCCAGGCGUUGGACUGCCUGUCCCCCGCCUUUCUUCAGCCCCCGUGGUGCGGUUUUGGAGAGACUCAUUGCUGACCUCAGGGUCUCAGUGCAGGCCUUCCCCCUUGUCUCCCACUGUCCAUGCUGGAUGGGGAGUCGAGGGAGCUUUUUACACGGUAGAAGAGGGAGCGGGGUUGGUUGGUGCAAGACUAGUUUACAGUUAGCGUGACGUUCAGAAGAAUUGGAUCCAGGGAGAAGAACGUUUGAUCCAAGAGGGGAAGAAGGGAUUCCUUGUCCACCCGCUCCAGGCCCUCUAGGGCCCCAGAUAACCAUCUCUCUCUCUCUCUCUCUCUCUCUCUCUCUGGGGAGAAUCAGUAGCUUCUGAGAUCCUGACACAACUGAUAGCGACUCAUUCAUCUUAGAGGCAGUCGAGGGAAGCCACGCGCCUUUUGGCUCUUCCCCGGCCGACGGUGUUUUUUCCCGCCUCUUCCGAGUCCAGAUUUUAGUUGUCACAGAAGGCGAUCCCCAGCAGGAGCACUGGUUUGAGAAGGCCCUGAGGGACAAGAAAGGUUUCAUCAUCAAGCAGAUGAAGGAAGACGGCGCCUGCUUGUUCCGAGCUGUCGCCGAUCAAGUGUACGGUGACCAGGAUAUGCACGAGGUGGUCCGGAAGCACUGCAUGGACUAUCUGAUGAAGAACGCCGACUACUUUUCCAACUACGUCACGGAAGACUUCACCACUUACAUCAACCGGAAGAGAAAAAACAACUGCCACGGCAACCACAUUGAGAUGCAGGCCAUGGCCGAGAUGUACAACAGGCCCGUGGAGGUGUACCAGUACAGCACAGAGCCCAUCAACACGUUCCAUGGCAUCCAGCAGAAUGAGGACGAGCCAAUCCGGGUCAGCUAUCACCGCAACAUCCACUACAAUUCGGUGGUGAAUCCCAACAAAGCCACGAUAGGGGUGGGACUGGGACUCCCCUCCUUCAAACCUGGGUUUGCAGAGCAGUCCCUGAUGAAGAACGCCAUCAAGACCUCAGAGGAGUCUUGGAUCGAGCAGCAGAUGCUGGAGGACAAGAAGCGCGCCACCGACUGGGAGGCCACCAAUGAGGCCAUCGAGGAGCAGGUGGCCCGCGAGUCCUACCUGCAGUGGCUCCGGGACCAGGAGAAGCAGGCCAGACAGCCCCGGAAAGCCAGUGCCACCUGCAGCUCAGCCACAGCCGCCGCCUCCAGCGGCCCGGAGGAGUGGAGCAGUCGGUCCCCCCGGCAGCGCAGCUCGGCCUCGUCCCCCGAACACCCGGAACUGCACGGAGAACUGGGCGCGAAGCCCCCCUCGCCGGGCACCGCCGCCACCCUCGCCCUCACCAAGCCCCCCUCGCCCUGCGCCCCAGGUACGAGCGGCCAGUCGUCCGUGGGGGCCGACCGCGCCACCUCCCCCCUCGUGUCCCUGUACCCUGCGCUGGAGUGCCGGGCGCUCAUCCAGCAGAUGUCCCCCACCGCCUUUGGUCUGAACGACUGGGACGAUGACGAGAUCCUAGCCUCGGUGCUGGCCGUUUCCCAACAGGAAUACCUGGACAGUAUGAAGAAAAACACACUGCACAGAGACCCUCCCCCGGACAAGAGUUGAUAUCUAAUCAAGGAAGCCUUUUCGUCGUCCUCCUCCUCCUCCUCCUCCCGCCACCCGUCCCUCCCACGGCCCAGCCGGACCGGACGCACACGCACACAGCCCGAGAGGCCUGGCCCGGCCCUGCCCCUGCCCCUCUAUCACGCGCGCCCCCUUGAUCUCCCCGGCCUCCCGACAUAAUUAUACUCUCCAUCCCUCUGUACUUCCUUGCUAGCCGCAGCGGACUUACCUAGGUGCAUGUUUUGAGGGAAGAUUUCAAGAAAGACUGAGAGUGAGUGAGUGAGUGAGUGAGAGAGAGAGAGAGAGAGAGAGAGAGAGAGUGAGUGUGUGUGUGUGUGUGUGAGAGAGAGAGAAAAAGAAUGAGAGAGAAGCCCCCGAGGUGAGCAAUCCCCAAUAAUGUCAGUAAUUCUUGAUUCUCAGUUCAGAUUUUUGUUGCAGGGCAGGUGGGGCAGAAGGAAGAACUUCUUCCCCCUUCCCGCCUCCCUUGCUGCCAUCGCUUCAGAGGCCACGAGGCCCCUGAGUAACCCCGUCCCUGCCCUCGAGGGUACCUGAGCAUUCGAUUUUUUUUCCUUUAUUAAAAAUUAAUUUUGUCUUAUAAAAAAAAAAAAACCAACCCAGUCCCAACAGAGUAGAGAUGGCUUCCCUCUCGACAGUGAAGGGGGUCGGAGGGAUGGGCCUAGCGGGACAGAGAGGGGAGGGAUCAGCCGGAGUCGGUGAGGUGGAAGGCGUAGAGGUCCACGGCUAGGAUGUCAGCAAGGGGCGAACGGUGAGCCCGGCUGGCCUGAGCACCGCGCGUCCCGCGGCACGGGGACCUCGGCGCCCGGGCCGCAGGGCGUGGGCAGUCGCCGUCCGCGGUGCCGCCGAGGCUUCCGACUCCGCGAGCCGGGGGACCCGGCCGGGAGGGAGCGGCCGGGCCCCGCGCACCCCGGGGCCGGGGACGUGGGCAGAGGAGAGGCAGAGAGGGGUGUCGUGGGCGACAUCUCGAGGGACCCCGGUGUGAGCAACCCCGACACCCCCACCCCCCCCACCCCCACCCCGCCCUACCGCCGCCCGCGGGCUUCGGAAGAUGGGACGGACUCUCCAGCCCCAGCCCCGCCAACUCCCAGGAGGUCGCUCGGGCCCCAGACGCUGACGAACUCUCCUGCGACCCAGGAAAGGGAUUCACCGAGCCCUACCCCCGGGGCCUAGCAUUUGACGUUACUGCGCCUCCCGGAAGGUUGGCGGUUGGGGGGGCCGGGCGCCGCCCAAGACGGGACGACGGACGUCCUGUCCUCCCCGCUUCGGGGCCUCCCCCGGGACGGGGGUGCCCAAGGGAGCUGGAUGGGGAGGGGCGGGGAGGCGAGGAGCGGGGUGCCUCCCUCCCCUGCAGGUUUUUGAAUCUCUGCCGUUUGUAACGUCCUUGGCACAAUAAAACCAAAUGUCAGUUUUCCCC